ACAUGAGGGCGACUCAUUCGCAUAGAUAUAUAUUGUGUUUUAUUGAAUUGCUGUCGUAAGAUUUAUGUAUUAAUUAGAUUUUAGGAUGAAAUUGUAGCAUAAAUUAACUUGAUCUCUCUCAAAUGCAGAAUUCUGUGUAAGGUGAAACAGAAUGACUCGCCAUGCAAAGAACUGUACAGCAGGUGCUGUCUACACUUACCACGAAAGACAGAAAGAUACAAGAGCUGGUAGCUAUGGCACUCAACAGUCAAGAAUUGGAAAAGAUUCUGUAAAAGAUUUUGACUGUUGCUGUCUGACUUUACAGCCUUGUCGCAAUCCUGUGUUAACACCAGAUGGAUACCUAUAUGACAAAGAAGCUAUUCUUGAGUACAUAAUCCAUCAGAAAACGGAAAUAGCUCGGAAGUUAAAGGAGUAUGAAAAACAAAAGAAAAAAGAGCAAGAACAACAGUUAGAACUUACUGAAGCAGAGAGGAGGAGUAAUGAAGAAAAAUUUUUUAAAUCGGAGAAAAAUAUUAUAAGCAAGCCCUCUAAUCCAUUCAAAGAGUCUGAAGCUGGAUCUAGCAAGAUGUCUGUAUCCAACAUGUCUGUGGGAGAAAAUGCAAAAUUACCUAGCUUUUGGAUUCCUUCUUUGACUCCUAGCUCCCAGAAAAACAAACUCCAGAAACCAGAUACAACAGUGUACUGUCCAAUGAGUGGCAAACCACUGAAGGCCAAAGACCUAAUUCCUGUCAAAUUUACUUUAAUUGACCCGUCAGACAAAAAAGUGCUAGUAGCAAAAAGUGAGAGGUACAAGUGUGCCGUGACACACGACGUAUUAGGAAACUCUGUUCCUGUUGCCUUGUUAAGAACAUCUGGUAAUGUAGUGACCAUGGAUUGUGUCGAAAAACUCAUCAAGGUAGACAUGAUUGAUCCCACAAAUGAGAAGAAACUAACAGAUAAAGAUAUCAUACCUUUCCAGAGGGGUGGUACAGGAUAUGCUAGUACCAAUACCAAACUUGAAGCUGCCGUAAAAAAACCUGUGUUGACAGCAUAAGAAAAGGAUAGCUUCCCAUGAUGUAGAAAGAACAUAAGAGAUUACUAUGUAUAAUGGCUAUUAAAGAAUGGAAAUAUACCUUCAUUGUGAGGACCAACACCUCGCAUCAUGAAGCCUCGUAAAGAAAGUGGACCUCCAAGGAAGAAGCGGUCGGCAAUAUUGAAAGAUUUAUCUAAACUUGUUCGUUUCAUAAAUCCACCCAUUAAUGAUCCUUGAAGAAUCUACAAACCACAAACCUUUAUAUUCAAGCAAUUAAUUACAAUUUUUUCUCAUUAAAACACCGACUUUGAAAUAGUAUCUUUGCCAUUCGUUAUAGAUAUGAUUCUGAACACAGAUAUAGUGAUAAAUGUUCUUUUUACUCUGUCAAUUAAGAAUGUGUUUAAAAGUUGUUUAAACUGUUUUUAGAUCAAUUACUCUUAACUGUUGUUCCAGUUACGGAUUUCAUUUUUCUCUUCACCUAAUAUAUAAUUGUCUCAAUGAUAGCUUGAAAGCAGAAAUAAUCAGUUUAUGUUUGGUUGGUUAUUUAACAAAUAGUGACUGACAAAUAUGCAUAACGUCCAUUUCCUUUUAUUGAUCACUUUGCAGAAACACAUUCAUCUUUUAUUAGUACUGCAACUUUCCUGAUAAUAUUGGCAAUUAAUUUUGAAUUAUUAAGCAACCUCUUUUCUCUGCAUCUUCCCAUAGUGACAUUAAGCACUGUGGAUAAAAUACUAUCCAAUGUAUGAAAUUUGUGACUAUCUUAUUGUUUUGAACACGAAUCACAAUUAAAUGACAAAUGUGCUCAGCAUAAGCCAUUCUUAUUACAACUCUUCCAUAUGUACCAUUUUGGUUGAACUAAAACUAUGUUCUAAAUACAAUACUAACUGUAUCACAACCAAGGUUCUGGUUGAACUGAAACUACAUUAUAAAUAAGGUUUUGGUUGAACUGAAACUACAUUAUAAAUACAACACUAACCAUGUCAUAAACAAGGUUUUGGUUGAACUGAAACUACAUUAUAAAUACAACACUAACAAUGUUAUAAUCAAGGUUUUGGUUGAACUGAAACUACAUUCACUAACCAUGUUAUAAACAAGGUUUUGGUUGAACUGAAACUACAUUAUAAAUACAACACUAACCAUGUUAUAAACAAGGUUUUGGUUGAACUGAAACUACAUUAUAAAUACAACACCAACAAUGUUAUAAUCAAGGUUUUGGUUGAACUGAAACUACAUUAUAAAUACAACACUAACCAUGUUAUAAACAAGGUUUUGGAUGAACUGAAACUACAUUAUAAAUGCAACACUCACCAUGUCAUAACCAAGGUUUUGGUUGAACUGAAACUCAAAUUCUUGUUUGAAGAAACCUAUAUCACCACCUAGACCAGCAAGUUCCUUAAAAGACAAAACAAAACAUCAGUCACAGAUAUAUAUAUAUAUAUUAUACUGACUGUUAGAGAUCAGAUAAACCAAAAGUAUACUGAUAAUGUAUUUGUGUUGAAGAGCUAUGCAGAAAGUGAUUGUCCAUGUUUAUGUUGUUAGGCUUCAACUGCCAAAUAUACAUUCAACUUGCCUUCCAUAAGCUUCCCUAGUGAGUGUUUUUUACUUCAUACCAUAAAGCUAAAUCUUGAUCACCAAAACAAAAACACUGACCUUGGGAGCAGCAAGUGAUGUAAAGGUGAAGUAACACCCUUAUUAUUACCAAAGCUGGUAAUGAUAUUCCAUUUAGAUAUAUGUAUUUUAAUCUACAAACUUUUUGCCCAUCUCUUGCAUGACUAACCUCCUAAAUCACUUAUAAUUUGAAAUACCCUCCUCCAAUCUUAUCUGUCAAGACAGAUGAAUGAAGAAUUGUAUGAUACAUUCUGCACAAGCAUUUCCUUUGUAUUACAGAAAGGUUUGUCACUAUCCUUUGGUUGUUUGUGUUACUAGUCCUUUUUCCUUCCAUAAUUACAAACACGAGAAAAUACCUAGGCCAGUAACCUAUCCAUGUUCUCACAACUGUUAUUAGCCAGCUGAAAAAUUUUAGUUGCCGUAGGUUUAUUUCAAGGCUGUUCUAACUUAUUCUGCAUCCCCUUUCAGUGACAUGACAUCCCACCAGGGGGCUAGACCCACAGGAUGGGAACCACUGUUUUAAACUACAUAGAAAAACAAAUCUGAAAGUUGAAGAGUAAGAUAAUCAUCAUUAGAGCAGACUCAUUAGUGGUAUUUGCUAAUUAAUUAACAACCCCAUUAACUGGUUACAUUCAAUUAGUACAGUGUUCCUCAAACCAUGGUACAUGUACAAGCAAGCAAAAAAAGGUUAGCAGCAAGUGUUACCAGCCUGUUGCCUUCUCUCUAGUCAGCAAUUCAAAAUUAUGGACAAUAGCAGAUAGCCUUAACAGCUUUGCCAUAAAAAAAGAUAGGGUGAGCAAAUUUGGAGGUAACCGAAAUCAAAUAUAAAACCCUUGGAUUAUAAGCCACUCCCCCCCCC